AUGGUGUUCGUGAAAUUUCAAUACUUCUGCAUAAUUUACUUUCUGCUGGUGCGCUUCUUGAACGGUGCCACGAUGGAUCUGUACAAAAAUUCGCGCCUCGGCAACCGGAUUGUGCAGACCCGGUACGGGCGUCUGCAGGGAUUGGUGCUGCCAUUGGACGGCUACAAAUUUCUCAAACCCAUCGAAGCGUUCCUUGGCGUACCGUACGCCACACCGCCAACUAAAAUGAACAGAUUUAGUCCAACUCGUACGCCGUCACCCUGGGACGGCAUACGGAUAGCGGAUAAGUUUAGUCCGGUGUGUCCCCAGCGACUGCCGAAUGUAAAUAACGAAACAGCAGCUUUAGAUAAGAUGCCAAAAGGACGACUGGAGUACUUGAAACGUUUGCUACCUUUUUUACAGAACCAAUCGGAGGACUGUUUGUAUUUGAAUGUAUUCGCUCCAGUUCAUGCCACUCAAAGUGACAAGAAACUGCCUGUUAUAGUAUUUUUACACGGAGAAUCGUUCGAGUGGAACAGCGGCAACCCGUACGAUGGAACCGUGCUAGCCAGUUACAGUGAUUUAGUCGUAGUUACGUUAAACUAUCGGUUAGGUAUAUUGGGUUUUCUAAAUGCCAAUCCCAGUCCACAGCUGCGGGCACGCGUCGCUAACUACGGCCUGAUGGACCAGAUGGCCGCACUGCACUGGGUGCAGCAGAACAUUGCCAAGUUCGGGGGCGAUCCAGCGACGGUAACGCUCGCCGGCCACGGGAGCGGUGCGGCCUGCAUCAACUUUCUCAUGACCUCCCCGACGAUGGUGCCGGGGCUGUUUCAUCGUGCGAUCCUGCUGUCCGGUUCGGCCUACUCAUCCUGGGCCCUGGUCGAGGACCCGGUCGUGUAUGCGCUAAAGCUCGCCAAGGAAGUGAACUGCUCCAUCCCGGAAGAUCUGAUCAAGAACCACGAGCAGAUCGUCGACUGUCUGCGGGAUGUGCCGCUGGAGGAGCUGUUCGGGGCUGACAUUCAACCGCCGAGCUUUCUGAGCGCGUUCGGCCCAUCCGUGGACGGCGUCGUGAUACGGCCCGGUCGCUCCAAUCAGGACAUUGACGAGCUGCCGGUGCGCGGUACCUCGAAACGCUCGCAGGGUGCGGCCGGUCGGUACGAUCUGCUGUUCGGGGUCGUCACCGGGGAAGCCCUGUGGCGCUUCAGUGCGGCCGACAUACAGAGCGGCUUCGAGGGCGAACGGCGCGACAAGAUUUUGCGGACGUACGUGCGCAACGCGUACACCUACCAUCUGAGCGAGAUCUUCUACACGGUGGUGAACGAAUACACGGACUGGGAGCGUACCGUGCAGCAUCCGAUCAAUAUGCGAGAUGCGGCCGUGUCCGCACUGUCCGAUGCCCAGUUCGUAGCCCCGCUCGUACACACCGGUGACAUGCUGGCCCCACCACCGCCACUGCCCGGCCAGGAACCGUCCGGACCGAAAUGUUUCUUCUACGUGUUCGACUACCAGACCAAGGACGGUGACUACCCGCAGCGGAUGGGUACGGUGCAUGGGGAGGACUUGCCGUACGUGUUCGGUGCACCGCUCGUAGAUGGGUUUAAUCACUUUCCGAGAAAUUACACCAAGUCCGAGGUGGCCCUGUCGGAAGCGAUUAUGGUGUAUUGGGCUAAUUUUGCACGAACCGGCAACCCUAACGAGCACCAUCGGCAGGACUCGAUUCUGGCAGCGUCCCGCGAACGGAACCGCUUCCGCAGCAUCAACUGGGAGGAGUACGAUCCGGUGCAUCAGAAAUAUCUGGAAAUUGGUAUGAAACCACGGAUGAAGAACCACUUCCGAGCGCAUCAGCUUUCGAUCUGGUUGCGGCUAAUACCGGAGCUGCACAAAGCCGGCAUGGAGGACGUGAUAGCGAGGCACAAUCUCUUCAAAAACCACGACGACAUGGACCUGUACGAGGGACUCGUCAAGCCGGACUCGUUCGCCGGCCGGCUCAACUACCUGGAGGACAAUCUCAAGCGGCGAGGUAUGCUAACGGGCGGUGAACUAGGGCACGCACUGCACGCCAACGUCGUCAUGACAACGGCGGAACCAGUCCUACUAACGACCUGCAUGCCAGUCGGUAACUACAGUGCGCUGGUACCAACGGCUACCAUACUGAACGCUACCACCGACACGCUGGCCGGAUUGGAAGCGGCCGGCUAUGCGGCCUAUUCUACAGCGCUCAGCGUCACCAUCGCCAUCGGUUGCAGUUUGCUCAUCCUGAACGUGCUCAUCUUUGCCGGCGUCUACUACCAGCGCGACAAGACGCGGCUCGAGGUGAAAAGCCUCCAGAAGCAGUACCAGCAGCGUGGCGGUGGACUCCACCAGCAGGGUCCGUUCGAUCCGAUCAAGCACGCGCACUACCAUCUGGGCCAUUCGCAGUCGGCGAACGUGAUCGUGGACGUGGAGAAUCACGAUACCGGGGCGCUUAUCCUGGCCGGCGAUGUCAAGUCGCCGCACAUCUGCACGAACGCGAUGCAAAUCAGCGUGAUGAAGAGUGGUUCGCCCGGCGGUGUUGGCCACGGUCUGGACGGUCGUGGAAAUGGUGGUAAUUUGGGCAGUGGUGGUGGUGGUGGUGGUGGUGUGGGUAGUGGUGGUGGUGGUGUUGGUGGGGACACGACCAGCUGUAACGUACCGGCACCGAACGUGACGAAGAUGCCGCUGCAAGCGAACAACACCUCCUACGGCACGACGAAGCUUCCGCCUCGCAGUGAACACAUCGCAAUACCGAUUAAAAACUCCACCUUUAUCGGUACGGGCGUUGGUACCGGUGGUGGCACGUUCGUCAGCGGCAUGAUGACACUUCCGAAGCCCAGCUCACAGCAACAGCAGCAGCAUCAGCAGCAGCAGCAACAACAUCAGCAGCAGCAGCAGCAGCAAGUACACAUCCCGAUGAGCUACAACCGGAACGAGUGUAUGACGCUGCCGCGGAACAUUGGCGGAACCGGGCACAGUGCAAAUUCCGCCGGACCCAAUGCAGAUCUGCAGCAAAUUAAAUUACCACCAAAUGGGACCGCCAUCGGCAUCCAUAUGCGGGCGGCCCAAACCUGUGCGAGCGGUUCGCCGGAAAACCGUCCCCUACACACACAAAUGACCGCUUCCGGCCACUCCCAUCAUCAUGCCCAUCACGGUCAGCACGGGCAGCAGCAGCAGCAGCAGCAACAUCAAGAUAGUCUAACGCAAUUAAAAUCCCAAAAUCUCAAGAACAGCGUCUGUCCCCCCCAGUUGCCCCAUGCCGCGAUGAGCGAGAUGCGGGUCUGA